UCAGCCCCGGCCUUCCAUUCCUCAUGCACAUAUAUACAACAAGAACUCUCUCAGCUCACUCACCUAUGCAGUAAGAUAGAUCACAUACAUGCAUGGCAGAUCACGGCGCUGUGCUUGCAGGCUAAUUGAUCAGUACCUGCACAAGUACUGAACCGUCGUCAAUAACUGGAGUGGCCAUCGAUCGAUCAUGUGUGACUUGUUUUGGCAAUCGCCGGGCGAGCAAGGAGAUCUCUCCGAUGUUGUCAGGUCAAGCCUGCACCCGCUUCACCAUCACCAGCUGCCAACAACCCUUGGCUCCCCCUAUUUGCAGCCGGAGGAGGAGUACAACUCGCUGCUGCUGCAAGAAGGAAGCGGUGGAGGUGGCCUGGUCGUCAGCCAUGGCGAUGAUGAGCAGUUGGGGAUGGUGGCAAUGAUGAUGAUGGGCGGCAAUACUAGGCCAACGUCUGAUCAUCGGGUGGCCUCGACACAUCCACCGACGACAACGGUGUAUCCACAGGCACGUCAAGAGCCACUGCCUGGGAUGAUUCGUCGGCCGGAUAUCGACAGAGAAGGCGACGUUGUGGUGGCGCCGGAGAUAGGUGAUCGUCUCCAGCAAAUGUCGAUAGUUCAUCACCCACGUGUCUCUGCUGCAAUGAAGCCAAGAAAGAGCCAUACGAAGAAGGUGGUGUGCAUCCCGGCGCCGACGGCGGCCCCAGGAGUGGGUGGCCGGCCAAGCACGACAGGCGAGGUGGUGCCCUCCGACCUGUGGGCGUGGAGGAAGUACGGGCAGAAGCCGAUCAAGGGGUCCCCGUACCCGAGAGGCUACUACCGCUGCAGCAGCUCCAAGGGAUGCCCGGCGAGGAAGCAGGUGGAGCGCAGCCGCACCGACCCAAACAUGCUCGUCAUCACCUACACCUCCGACCACAACCACCCGUGGCCUACCCAGCGCAACGCCCUCGCCGGAUCAACGCGCCCCGUGGCCAAGAACAACGUCCCAUCUUCUUCCUCGGCGGCUGCAGCUGCAGGUCCAACUCACAAUAGUAUCACCAACGUGGGCCGUGAUAGUGUUCAUCACCAGCUGAAGCAAGAGGACGACUUGGACCUGUUUGCAGACAUGGACGCCCUUAAUAUCUUCUCCUCCAUCACCAAGAUUCAGGAAGAUGACAGCAAGGAGCAGCUGUUUGAUCCAUUCAGCUCUAGCUUCUCCGACUACCUCUAAUCUGGAAUUCACCUUCAUCUACAGCUGAAGACGAUGAACCAAGCAGGCAAUCGACGCUCAAGCGUAUGGCAAUACUCAUGUAACCUAGUGUCAGUAGAACUUUAUUUUGCAUCCUGGCUUCUACUGAUGUUACUUAACUAGUUUACUGGGUGGAAGAGCCUGCCACUAUAGUGUUAUCAAGAGAAAAAGACCAGUUCCGUAUGUAUUUGUCGAUGGCAACUUGGUUUACUUAUACUAAAACCCGCUUAUGGUA